UGCUUUGUUUGCUGCUUUAACUUCAGUAAUGUUGCUGUUUGUUUCUGCUCUGUCAUGUUUCUACAUGUUCACUUCUUAUUUCAGCACAAACUGUGGAUGACUGCUGUUUAAACAUGUAUCAAUAUGAUUAUUAGCUUAUUGAUUGACCGCAAUCAGUCAAUAUUUCUAUGAGAUUAUUGAUGGACUUGAGUCAGUUUGAUGAGCUGCUGAUGUUUCUUUGUUUCUUCUCAAUCCAAACUGCGUCAUGUCUUUUUUUACUUUCGGUUUCUUGAUGAGUCUCUGCAGCUCCAUGACUCCAUCUGCUGGACUGAUAGUAGAAGUGCAGCAGCUGAUCUUCUCCAGGAGGAUCUGAGUGGAUGAAUGAUGUUUGUUUCCUGUGCAGGUGAAGGUAGAAAGUGUGUGUGAGCUGCUGUGAGUUGAGCAUCAUGGAUGAGUGUGAGGACAGAGAGGAGGGAGUCCCUCCCUCUAAAAGCUCUCUGUGUGGGGAACAGGAGAACCAGAGCAAAGCUCAGAGGAAUCCACCUGGACCUGGACCUGAACCUGGAUCCAGCUGUUUGUCCUUCAAGAGCGACCGGUCUAAGGAUCUUCCUCUUAAUUUUAAAGGAGAACCAGGUCCUGCUGAAGAGGGGGUGGAGCAGCAGAACUCAGAGGUUCCCAGAGCUCAGUCUGUCCAGAAGCAUGACCUGGACUCCAUAUUCAUGCUGCUGGAGGACAACAUGGUGACUUUUGUGAAGAAGGAGCUGAAGAAGAUGCAGAAGCUUGUGAGUCCAGAUUACCCAGAAUGCUCAGAGAGUCAGAGGGAGGAUGAGGAUGAGUUGGAGGGUGAUGACGAAGAGCAGAGGAGCAGCAGAGAGAUGUUUGAGCAGAUCACAGUGUUGUUCCUGAGGAGGAUGAAGCAGGAGAAGCUGGCUGACUGUCUGCAGAGCAAACUUGCUGCUGGAGUUUGUGGACGUGAACUUAAACGUGGUCUGAAGAAGAAGUUCCAGAGAGUGUUUGAGGGCAUCGCUAAAGCAGGACAGAAAACCCUCCUGAAUGAGAUCUACACAGAGCUGUACAUCACAGAGGGAGGGACUGCAGAGGUCAAUGAUGAACAUGAGGUCAGACAGAUUGAAGCAGCAUCCAGGAAAGCAGACAGAGCAGAAAGAAGCAUCAGAGCAGAAGACAUCCUUAAAGGCUCACCUGAAAGAGAUGGACCAAUCAGAACAGUGAUGACAAAGGGAGUGGCUGGCAUCGGGAAAACAGUGUUAACACAGAAGGUGACUCUGGACUGGGCUGAAGACAAAAGCAACCAGGACAUCCACUUCAUGUUUCCAUUGACUUUCAGAGAGCUGAAUGUGCUGAAAGAGAGAAAGUUCAGCUUGAUGGAACUUGUUCAUCACUUCUUCAGUGAAACCAAAGCAGCAGGAAUCUGCAGUUUUGAAUACUUCCAGGUUGUGUUCAUCUUUGACGGUCUGGAUGAGUGUCGCCUUCCUCUGGACUUCCACAACAAUGAGGUCCUGACUGAUGUUAGAGAGUCCACCUCAGUGGAUGUGCUGCUGACAAACCUGAUCAGGGGGAAGCUGCUUCCCUCUGCUCGCCUCUGGAUAACCACACGACCUGCAGCAGCCAAUCAGAUCCCUCCUGACUGUGUGGACAUGGUGACGGAGGUCAGAGGGUUCACCGACCCACAGAAGGAGGAGUACUUCAGGAAGAGAUUCAUAGAUAAGAAGAAGGCCAGCAGCAUCAUCUCCCACAUGAAGACAUCACGAAGCCUCCACAUCAUGUGCCACAUCCCAGUGUUCUGCUGGAUCACUGCUACAGUUCUGGAGGAGCUGCUGAGAAGCAGAGAGGGAGGAGAUCUGCCCAGAACCCUGACUGAGAUGUUCAUCCACCACCUGGUGGUUCAGACCAAAGUCAAGAAGGUCAAGUAUGAUGGAGGAGCUGAGACAGAUCCACACUGGAGUCCAGACAGCAGGAGGAUGAUUGAGUCUCUGGGAAAACUGGCUUUUAAUCAGCUGCAGAGAGGAAACCUGAUCUUCUAUGAGUCUGACCUGACAGACUGUGGCAUCGAUAUGAGAGCAGCCUCAGUGUACUCAGGAGUGUUCACACAGAUCUUUAGAGACGAGAGAGGACUGUACCAGGACAAGGUGUUCUGCUUCGUCCAUCUGAGCGUUCACGAGUUUCUGGCUGCUCUUCAUGUCCACGUGACCUUCAUCAACUCUGGAAUCAACCUGCUGGAAGAAAAACAACAAACAACAUCCUGGUGGGCUAAACUGUUCAGAGAGAAAGUUGAUCCAACAGGUUUCUACCAGAGAGCUGUGGACGAGGCCUUACAGAGUCCAAACGGACACCUGGACUUGUUCUUGCGCUUCCUCCUGGGUCUGUCACUGCCGACCAAUCAGAAUCUCCUACGAGGCCUGCUGACACAGACAGGAAGUAGCUCACAGACCAAUCAAGAAACAGUGGAGUACAUCAAGGAGAAAAUCAGUGAGAAUGUGUCUGCAGAGAGAAGCAUCAAUCUGUUCCACUGUCUGAAUGAACUGAAGGAUGUUUGUCUAGUGGAGGAGAUCCAACAGUCCCUGAGAUCAGGACGUCUGUCCACAGAUGAACUGUCUCCUGCUCAGUGGUCAGCUCUGGUCUUCAUCUUACUGUCAUCAGGAGAACAUCUGGACGUGUUUGACCUGAAGAAAUACUCUGCUUCAGAGGAGGUUCUUCUGAGGCUUCUGCCAGUGGUCAAAGCCUCCAAGAAAGUUGUAUUGAGUGGCUGUAAUCUGUCAGAGAGAAGCUGUGGAGCUCUGUCCUCAGUCCUCAGCUCCCAGUCCUCCAGUGUGACAGAGCUGGACCUGAGUAACAACAACCUGCAGGAUUCAGGAGUGGAGAGUCUUUCUGCUGGACUGGAGAGUCCACACUGUAAACUGGAAGCUCUCAGGCUGUCAGGCUGUCUGGUCACAGAGGAAGGCUGUGCUUCUCUAGCCUCAGCUCUGAGCUUGAAGACCUCAAAUCUGAGAGAGCUGGACCUGAGCUACAACCAUCCAGGAGACUCAGGAGAGAAGAUGCUGAGAGCUAAAGUGGAGGAUCUACACUGUCGACUGGAAACUCUCAGGGUGACGCCUGCUGGAGUCCCAUGGUUGACACCAGGUCUGAGGAAGUAUUCCUGUCAACUCACAGUCGACACAAACACAGUAAACAGAAACCUCAAACUGUCUGACAACAACAGGAAGGUGACAUUAGUGGAGAAGGAUCAGUCGUAUCCUGAUCAUCCAGACAGGUUUGAAUACUGUCCUCAGCUCCUGUGUAGAACUGGUCUGACUGGUCGCUGUUACUGGGAGGUGGAGUGGAGAGGAGAUUUUGAAAUAUCAGUGAGUUACAGAGGAAUCAGAAGGAAAGGAGGCAUUUUUGGCUGUUGGUUUGGAUUUAAUGAUCAGUCCUGGAGUCUGUUCUGCUCUGAUGAUAAUAGUUACUCUGUCAGACACAAUAACAGUCAAACAUCCAUCAGUUCCUCCUCAGUCUCUCACAGAGUUUCAGUUUAUGUGGACGUUCCUGCUGGAACUCUGUCCUUCUACAGAGUCUCCUCUGACUCUCUGAUCCUCCUCCACACCUUCAACACCACAUUCACUCAACCUCUCUAUCCUGGAUUUGCAUUUUACUCAUCUGGUUCCUCAGUGUCUCUGUGCUGAGUCUCGUCUCCAGAGUCUCCUCCUGGUACAGAAACAGUGUUGAACAGAUCGUUGAGUCUCUCCAUGACUCUGUCCCUCACAAACAUGUUUUCACAUUCAUGGAUUAAAUGUGUUUCUUUGUCAAAUCCUUCUCAAUGAUUCCUUGUAAACUUGUUCCUCUUCAAAGAUGAAGUUGUGAUUCUUCCAGGAGCCAAAUGUGGUGUUUGCGUCUUUUUCCAGUCAAAUGUUGAGAGUGAAAAUCAGGAUGUGGUGUUCCUCUGACGCUCACUGGAACUAAAAGCAUUUGAGCUGCACAAAGUGUGAAAUGAGAGAGGAAGCAGUGAAUCUCCAAACUGCUGACAGACUUUCACACAUUAUUGUCCAGUGAAAAUCAGCUUUUUGUGCAGCCACACUUGAUCCUGAUGUGAGUCUUUAAGUCCUGUUCUAGUGAUGAAAUGAGAACUUCCUUCAUCUUGUGUGUGAUGGAGAAGAAUAAAGGUCUGUGGCUAAAAAUCCUGA